AGGUGGUUAGGUAUUCGCCUCGAGGCUAUUGGAAAUUUCAUAAUAUUCUUCACGGCAUUGUUUGGUGUGGUAGGACGUGAUGGAAUCGAAAGUGGUCUCGUAGGAUUGUCCAUAACCGUUGCUUUGGAGGUAUGACCCAUUUAAUCGACGAAUUUUCUUUAAAUUGAAGAAUUACUUUUCACGCCUCACAAACGUAAUUGUUGCGGUGAUCGCUAUUUGGACAGUGUCUUUUUCAGAUCUACUGUGUUACACUCUGGUUAAAAUUACUGGUUAAACGCCCUGGUUAACCUAGAAAUAACCUAUAUUUGGGUUAAUUAAUCAAUAACCUAAAUGUGUUUUUCAGAAAGUUCCUUCUUCGAAGGGUUCUUCUUAGCUAUAUAUGGAUGUGUUUAAGAAAGAGGGUUUUCCCUCGCAACCAAACUAAGACAAUGCUUGGCGUAAGAGGACUGAGUUUGUCUUGCGUUCUAUAUGCUGCAUGUACAUGUAAAUCAAGAUUUUGUUGGCAUCUCACCCGAUUGAACAAUAGUUGAAGGGUUUUGUAGAUGGAAGCUAUCGAGAGUAAAUUUUAUAUACUAUUUAAAAAAAUCAUUAAUAAUUCACGAGGAAAAUACAAAAAAAAUGAAUGUUUAAUCAAUGUUUGUAAAUCGGAUAAAGAUUUGUCGUGAUUUACAUAAACUUCAGCUUUGAUUUUCUCGGCUUAGACAAUGUUUAUUUUUAAAAUUACUUCGCCAAUGAACUCAUAGGAUGGGUCAUUUUGUAAGUACGCCUUCGGCUCGAGUUUGUAUAUCGGAUACAGAUCGGCUGCUCAUGUUUUAUCUUGUACUUAAAACACGAGGACGCACAAGCACGGACUGCGGGUGUUUUAAAUGCCUUAAAAAACAAUGCAUCUUAUGAGUUUAUUGGCGAAGUAGUUUUAAAAAUAAACGUUGUCUAAGUCGAGAAAAGUAGAGUUGCAUUUUUCGCAGCUGUUCCUGCAUGGUUAGGUCUAAUAAGUGUUUAUUAAAUUUACACUCGAUAAUUUCCAUCUACAAAACUCUAUGUACUAUACUAUAUGAAUCAGUCUUUACUGAUUGUAGAUUGACACUGUAUUUAUAUAGUGCACGCAACUAAAUGUUGCCCGUCCACUAAAGCACUACCUUGCGGAGGAUGAUGUGUCAAUUUGACAUUUUUAAAUAUUCUGUAUUGCACAGGUAACACAGAGUCUUAAUUGGUCAGUUCGUAUGUCAAGUGAGUUGGAAGCUCGUAUUGUUGCGGUUGAAAGAAUUAAUGAAUACUCCAAAGUUGAACGAGAGGUAUUUUGUUAUUUUUAUGGUUGAGUUUCCAUAAAACGUAGACAUGUUCCAAGUUUCUCUUUCCCUCUCUUCUCCGUAGAAAUAGAGAGGUUUAGAUUUGACUAUUUCUCACUGGCUUAGUACGCGCAUCUGGUUGGUUAACCGGAGGGAGAGUUCAGUUGUUGAUUCAUGUUUCUAUUCUAUACGUCUAAAGGUCAACGUUGCACCGCCUCUCUCUCGGCCGGACAUGCCGACUGUCUGAACGGUCGGUCGGUCAAUUUGUUGGUCGGUCAUUCAGUUUAUCAGCUACCCGCGGAAUUAGAAUUAUAGUACUGCAUAAAGUCUUGUCUGUCCGUCGUGUUUCUGUUUUCAGUCUGGCUGCUUGUGAAACUCGUCUAACAUUUUUGACCUCAAGCCUAGUUUAUAUCAGAACUAGCUGAAAAAGAUAAAGAAGACAUGACGAGUCAAGGGAAAGCUGCAAGUUACUGAUGCAGUGGUGUAACUUAGCGUUUCCCCCAGACUAUACAAUGAUGGUUAAUCAAUCCUUGAAUGAUUUGCUUCAAAGUUUGUUAAUAUAUAUGUGAGGGCAAAACUAGACCUCAUGGCAAGUGAAAUGCAUUCCGGGCAACCAAUUUUCAUGUCCAACUUGCCCUGGGGCCGGUUGUUCGAAAUGAAGAAAUGUUUCUUUAGAAAUCUUGUCUGAAUCGAUAGGAGUUUACUUCUCUGACGUUUUGAGAUAAAUAGACGUGCAGAAAUAUACACCAACCAAAACAGCGGGUUAAAUUUUAGCCGAGGGUUAGCGCUAACCCACCUUUGAACAACUGGCCCCUGAUUGCAAGUGGUAAGAAUAGUUAAGUUGCACCACAGGGAUAGAUGAAGGGCUUUGUUUGAAAUGACGACGUUUUUUACUCUUGUUUCAGAUAGUCGAGGCCUAACCCACAAAAGUUUAUUGUAGAAUACCUCUCUCCUCCGCAGAUCCUCCUUAAGUAUUUACAAAUAACUUACAUGAAGUUUCCUGAAUAAAAGUGAGUGCGCGCGGUGUGGUGGGAAGAUUGAAAUGAAGUUGGGGACGCUCUGCCAGAUAAUGCGACGAAGUAUGGUUUUUGAACCAAACUAGCUGUUUGACCUUUUUUUAAACUUGAAAUCGACGGAAAUGUGAAAGAAAUUGAAAUGAAUCUUCAUAAUCUGAGUAUCGAAGUUCAAUAGAGUCAUUUUUAUAAAGAAAUGUUGCAAUUAAGAGGAUAUUUAUAAUCAGAUAGCUCGUAUCCAUUGAUAUUCGUUUGCAAUUUCUCAAUAUUUUUCGAUGCAAAUGGACAGAAGAAGAUAUUGAUAUUGAAUUCACCCAGGAUACUCAAGUACGCCUGAAAAUGAAAGUCGAAAACAUGUUUUAACACCCCUGAUGGUUGAUCGAACAUCGCUACAAACGAUUAUAUACGACGCCAUAUUGAUUGCAUUGACUCGCAGAGGCUUCCUUUAUUUAGCUCUUCCCAUCACUCCUUGCGCGCUCACUUUUCCCUCACUAGAAACUUCAUGUAAGCCUCUGCGGAGGAGAGAGGUAGAAUACUAUACUUAUACUGGUCCUUUAAUUUCCCAUAGGCGGACUGGAUCAAUGAAGAGUGUCGUCCUCCAGAGGCGUGGCCAGAUAAGGGUGUGAUUGAAUUUGAAAGAUUUGAUCUCAGAUACAGAGAGAAUCUUGAUCUUGCUCUGCGUGGUAUCGAGUGUGAGAUCAAACAAGGAGAGAAGGUAAGUAUUAACAUACACGUUGCCCUAAGACCAUUUGACUUGGAAUCUCGAUAUGAAUAGUCCUAAGAACAUCUUUUAUAACUGGAGCAAAUUUGACAUAGAAUUCAAAAACUCAAUAAUUCAUGAGAAAACACAAAGAAGAAUCAUAAGCGUGUCGUACAUUUAUAUGUGAUAGAAAUUUCCUCUGAUUGUAUUGUAUUGUAUUGUAUUGUAUUGUAUUGUAUUGUAUUGUAUUGUAUUGUAUUGUAUUGUAUUGUAUUGUAUUGUAUUGUAUUGUAUUGUAAGUUUUAAAGUUUUGAAAUACACAGAAGUGCAGAUGUACCCAAAACGAAACCGCGUGUUAAAUUUUAACCCAAGGUUAGCGCUGAUCUAUAGCUUUGAACAACCGCCACUGAACAUGAAUUGAAAUCCUAGGUUGGUAUAGUGGGACGUACAGGUGCCGGAAAAUCAACAAUGACGAUGGCGUUAUUUCGAGUGGUUGAAUCCGCUGGAGGAAGAAUUGUUAUUGAUGGUAUUCCUAUAUCACAGCUUGGUGUACAUGAUCUGCGUUCAAGACUUACCAUCAUUCCUCAGGUAGAUGAUAGAAGAAAAAGAAUGAUUACCGUAUUUCCUCUAUUUAGUCCGCUUGGGGUUUUUUGCGGAGGCUUUAAAAUGGUGGCAAAAUGAGGCUGGGGUCUUUAUACUUAAGAUACUUAAGGCCCGGUCACACUACACAACGAUAACGAUACGAUAAAUUGUAAACACACGAUAAUUGGAAAAACAUUGUGUUAGUGUCCACACUACAACGAAAAUGAUAAAAUUAUCGUUAUCGAUAACGAUUUUAAAAUCGCUCACCCGAGCGAUUUUUUUUUCAGUCUGACGAUAACGAUAAAUUUUUGACCAAUCAGCGCGCGUGUACAAGUUAUCGUAUCGUUAUCGGACCUGGGCUUUAGAAGAUGACAAAACUUCGGUAGACAAAGAAGCAAGAUUGCAUAGUAUCUACACUGGCACCCACCAUUUAAGAUUAUACUCAGAGGAUGGCCUGACAGUGCCUGGUCGUACCAAGGCCCCUUUUUGGAGCAGGCAGAUUAAAAGGAAAAACUCGAACAUCGAUUGAGCCACUUCGGACGUUUCAACAAAAAACAAGACAUAUUACUCUGACGUUUACAUUAUUGUUCCACAUUAAAUAAACACAAGUCGUAUUUAUAGAAUGUUCAAUAGUGUUUACACAGUUCUUUGUAGAAUGUUACAGUCGAUUUCACAAAAUGUUGCAAACCUCGUUCAUAAAUUCGAAACUUUCAAAAUUCGAAUUAAAAUUCAUAAGCUGGUUUGUAAACAAAGCCUCUGAUUGGCUCAUGAAUUAAAAGAAGCCAAUCGAAUGCUUGGUUUACAAAUUGGUUUGUGAAUAUUAUUAUGAACUGUGGAACUUCGCAACAGAAUUGGCGAACUUUUAGAUCUGAACGAACUUCGAAAGAUUUUGGAAAACGUUUUGUGAAAUCGACCGUAAUAAUGUUCGUAUUUCUCACUGAUUUAUGAUGAAUUUUGUUCAAAAUAUUUUGGGAGUUAAGCAGCAUUUGAAGUACUAUUUAAAAAACGAGCGCGCAGCGCGAGUGGCUUUAGACCUAAUAAAACACGACCUGCGAGUUUUUUAAAUGGCUUCAAAAACGGUUGCAUAAUAAGUCAAAUCUUUAUAUAAAAAUCUUUAUAUAAAAAUCUUUAUAUAGCUUGCAUAACAAUGGUCUUUUGUUAAAGUGUUCUUUAGCUGGUAUAAAGACGUAUGCACGUGACUAAUUUCUUACUCAAGAUUGGAUAAUUGCUUCAUGAAUUAUUAAUGAGUUUUUGAAGAAUUUGUAAAAUGGUUUUCUGUAUAAUCUUAAAAAUUCUUUCAAACAAACAAACUUUUCGCCAUGGAUCUGGUAGAACUUUCCAGAAUAAUUGAGUUGGUUUAGUUUAGUUUUAGAAAUAGAAUCUAUACAAUAUGUCAUUGAAUUUUUGACCUUUUCAUCGUAGGAUCCUGUGGUGUUCACAGGCACACUGCGUUUUAAUCUGGAUCCGUUUGGUCAGUACAGUGACGAACAGCUGUGGAAAGCGUUAGAUGUAACUCAUCUUAAGACGUAUGUCUCAAAUCUUGAAGAUGGUCUUCAACAUGCAGUCAGUGAAGGCGGAGCUAACCUGAGGUUUGACAUGAUAAUCUUUAUUACAGAAGGUGGGGGAGUGCGACCGCCUUCCUCCCAAUAUUUGUAUUAACCAAGUAAUUAACAAGUUCUAUAGCCAUGAUAUUUUACCAUGUGCAUUAAAUCUGAACCAUAGUUUUAAAAGGACUGAAAUUUAUAGCAGCAAAAUGGUAGAAACUGUAUAAACGUUAAUUUUUGCCGUUGAGCAGCCCGCGAGCAGCUGCUGAGUUGAGAUAAUAUAGUAGUGG